AUGGCUUUCACAUUUCGAGUGAAGCGUCGUCGGCGCGGUCUGGCCAGUGAUUUUUCACCAUCUGAUUCCGCCUCGAUGUACUUUGGCUUGCUCUCGGCGGUAUUUUGCAUUCUCCUUCAUUGUAGCAAAGAGGCCAUAGCCACUUCCUCAGGUCCCGAGAUCGACUCCAAUAUUCACAAACGUAACUCCGGAGGAAAAUCUGAAAAUCCUGAAUCAAAAAAAGAAAGCUGGUCAAUUGCUUCAAUAUUCCGGUUGAAUGAUGUAGUGAAGCAGGAGACAUCUGAAACUCUUGAGGAAGGCGGUUUCAAUAGAUUCGCACAGACAGCUUCGCCAUCCAAUGGGUCAGGUCGAGGCGGAGCUUCAACCGUGGUCAAGCCUUCCAGGCGAUUCCAAUUGUUUUCUCCUCUAGACACCAGUAAAGUGGCGCCCUUUGCCUCGAGGCUCCUUCGAGACGAAGAAAUCGUCUUGCCAACAUCCGUGGACGAACCCUCAACCAGAAAUUACGAGGCGAAUGAUAGCAAACUAUGGUGGGUUAAUGCCUGGUCGGGUCACGUACCGAGCAUGGACCACCAUUCUACAGAAAAAGAAAUUCAGUACACACACAACAAAGACGAUUUAGAAUCGAUUGCGAUUGCAACACUGAAUGAAAAAUCAGUAGCAGAACCUCCUGCAAAUGCCUCUUAUUUGCCAAGAAAAAGAAACGAACCGAAAAGGAGAAGAAGAAACAAAGAUAUCAGCUCGAACCGUUCUGCGGAAGGUGAAAUACUACGGGCAAGCCAAGAAAUCCCAGAUCCUGAGCGGAGAGCUAGAGAGCCGGUAGGAGGUCUCUAUGAUAUCGCAGCUUCGACAGUGCAAUUUCAUGCUGAUACCCACUUUGUCCCUCAGGUGGACCUUGAAGGAGCUAACGCUGAGACAGGGGAAAAAGAGGACCCCACUCCUUUCACUUCUUCUGGCCACUGGCCCUUGAUCGACAAUUUUUUGACAUUGGGUCUUGCGCGAAAACAUCCUUCUCUACGUUUAUCCACGCAACUACGCUCAUUUCGAAAAGUCACUGCAAAUGCCACUGGGUUACAUGGCCUUAUAAGUGGAAAGCGUGAAAUCUAUCCGCCAUCCAAUUCAUUUGAUGAAGCCUAUAGAGGACUUGUGCAAAGACGUAUUGCAGCAAUUGAUAGAGCGCGCGCUCGAGUAGAUCUCAUUUCUAAUGUGAGUUCGGUGACGCGGAGACGUCGUGGUCUAUUUGGGCGCAAAGAGCAGAUUUCCAAGGACGGUGAAUAUGCGUUCAUUGUCAAGGAGCAAAGGGAUGCGGCACAAGAGAUGCGGAGACGAGAGCGAGUCACCGAGAUUGACAAGCAAAUACUGGCAGGCCAAAAGCGGAUAAUGGAGCUUAGUUGUGAAAAGGAUUUCAUUCAGCGUCGUCCAAAUCCAUUGUGGAACUAUACUGGACAGCUUGACCCGGAUCCUAUCAAAACUGGCUCAAAGUCCCACAAAUCAGACGAGGUGUCAAGAGAAUUCAAUUUUCCACCGAAAGAUCUUGUGGAUGACUAUCUUGAUAUGUUAUUUUCAAGUGGUCGUCUAGUCAGGCUCAACCAUACCGAUUUGUGGCGGAACGCGGUAAAUGAAGAAGACGACGAGGACGAUGAGUUACGAACACCAAUUGCUGGUGACGUCGAAAUUGGUAGACGGAGACGAAAUGGAAACACAAACUCUGGGAAUUGGCUUUUAAGGAACGGGCUUGGUGAAAAGAUUGGGGAAACUGCAGAAACGGCUGCAUAUAAGGCGGUUUGUACAGCAAUAAUGGGAGUCCUGGCGAGGUGUCUAUCAGCUAUUCACGGGGUCAACAUAAUGGCGUAUUCUGAUAUUCGGCUAUUUAUGGAUCAGACCCCUGAUCUACCACCACUUGCAGCGGGAAUUAUUCCUGGAAGCGGAGCAGGUGGGAACUACGCUCAGGAAGCUUUGAGCGACGCUAUGAGGCGGGGUGUGCGGAAAAAGAAACGCAGUAAAAAUCGCUCAUUUGAAGGAGAUGAUUUUAUGCAGCGAGAUGCAGUGGUGGAGACGCUACUGAGCCAUUGCCAGCUAUCCGCUCCUUUAUUGCAGCUCUUCCCUCUCUCGUGGCAACGUGCACUGCUUGGAAAUAUCAUCACACUUGUAACUGCAGCAAUUUCUGAUUUCUUCGAAGGCAUGGAAUUUCAAAUAUUGGGACACCGCCUAUCUUUUGCGUUCACCCCUAUUACUGAAGAAGAUAUGAUUCGCCACAUUGGCACGACAGGCGGUGGCUUUAGUCGACGGCGCGCGAAUACACAUGAAUUUGAGUCCGCAGUCCAAGCCACUGCGGAAAGGCUUUCCGAUAACCUCAAGUUCCUUGACCGUUGGCAUGAGCGAGCACUUGGUAGCGGAAUGCUUCGAUCGCAGAUUGCAAACUUGAUUGCCCGAUUGGUGUUAACACUUGUCGACGACGUUUUGAGUGGAGCGCGUAUGGACAUGUGGGCUGCGCACGUGGGAGGUCCGCGUCUCGUUGCUGGACUGGAAUAUAGAACUGGUCCUAUGGAACCUUAAUAUGAAACGCGUUUCACGUAUUC